AAAGGGCGGGAGAAACAAAAAAAAAAGAUUCAACAAAAAAAAAAAGAACUCAUAAACGUCAUCUGUGACGUCGUUCAGUUUGUCUAAACGGGUUUUAGAUUUUUUUUUUUGUUGUUUAAGCAUCUUUUUUUCGCUUUGUUACCUACCCCCUCUUUUUUUAGAAAGACUUUUUAAAAAUGAAGACUUUUGUUAGUCCUGGUUAUGCUACGUGUUGUAGUCUGUUAUCCUUUUGUGGUAUCCUCUUUCUUAUUGUUCUCGGCAUGGCGUUUGAUGCUGAAGUAGAGAUUUUGACAGAAUUUACUUCUGACCCUGACGACCCAAAGAUGACGGCCAAGGCCUGUUUCACUGCUGCUGCUGUCUAUGCCUGUUUCCUUGGUUUCUGCGGUUGCCAGAUGUUGGUUCACAAGUUUAAUUCCCGUAAUCAAAUUCAACUCUAGGACGAGAGACAGAGAGAGAGAGAGAUAGAAAGAGAGAGAGAGAGAAAGAGAUAUAUUUUUAUCAUAUCACUUCUCUCCCGCGUUUCAUGUUGUUGGCCCAAAAUAAACAGGAAAAAAAAAA